CCCACCUCGGUCCCCAUCCGUCUCCGCCCCCACGCUCCCCUUGCUGCUAGUUUCGGCUGCUCCACGCCAACUGCAUCCGCUCCUCCGCGCUCCGAGAGAAUUUGAUCAGGAAGUGGUGGUGGACAUGGGCCAGAUCCAGUACUCCGAGAAGUACUUCGAUGACACCUACGAGUACAGGCACGUCGUCCUCCCGCCCGAGGUCGCCAAGCUCCUCCCCAAGAAUCGCCUCCUCUCCGAGAACGAGUGGCGUGCGAUCGGCGUGCAGCAGAGCCGCGGGUGGGUGCACUACGCGAUCCACAGGCCGGAGCCGCACAUCAUGCUAUUCCGCCGCCCGCUCAACUACCAGCAGCAGCAGGAGGCGGCUGCCACGGUGGCGGCGCAGAUGCUGCCCAAGUGAGCCCUCUAGCGUAGGCGGCGGCGGCCGUGGGGUUGGAAUGUCUAAAACCCUAGCCCCUUUUCAUCUCUAAAAGGGUUGUCGCGAUACUGUUGGUUAAUUUCUGUGGCUGUUGACUGGAAUAUAUCGAUCGCGGUGGUGUCCGCCUUGGAAAUGCCUGGGAAGGAACUGGCAUGUGCUAGGCUGUGUGUUAUCAUGAGUACUCUUAAUUACUCAGUGCUAUGUGUUUCUGGUUGAUACUCCUGUUAAUCUUCUAUGUGAUGCCGUGAUGAUCUGGUAGUGUUUAA